AUGCGUUUCUUCUCUGCCGCCGCUGCCGUCCUGGCCUUCGCUGCCUCUGCUUUUGCGCAGACUCCCGACUUCGACCCCGUCUACACUCCUGCUGAGGGUACCGUCGUCCAGGCCGGCCAGCCUUUCAAGGUCACCUGGUCUGCUCCCGCCAAGUACCAGGGCGGUAGCAUCAAGAUCCACCUGAUUGGUGGUAAUGAUGCCAACACCCUCGUAAAAAUUGGCGACCUCGCCUCCGGUGUCAAGAACUCUGAUCUGUCAUGGACCUGGAACGUCGCUUCCGACCUUGGUGACAAGCCCGCUUACGGUCUUGUCUUCACCUGGGAGGCCGACACUUCCAUCUUCCAGUACUCUCAGCGCUUCUCCAUCAAGGGUGGUGUUGCCUCCAGCUCCGCCGCCGCCGUCACCACCUCUGCUUCUGUUCCCGUUGUCACUGCCUCCGGUGUCAAGACCGUCACCCUGACCUCUUGCCCUCCUGAUGUCGUCACCUCCGCUGCUCCUGGCAACGGCACUGCUAGCUGGACCACCAAGAUCUCCAACUCCACCGUUGUUCCUACCUACAAGCCCACUGGUGCUCUCCCCACCACCACCAAGGGCAGUGUCCCCACUGGCUCUUCCGCUCCCAUCCCCACUGCUGCCGCUCCUCACGUCGGUGCCGGUAUCGUCGCCGUCUUCGGUGGUGUUGCCGCUGCUCUCCUUCUGUAA